AUGUUUCAGAUUCCGCCGAUUGUCGCACAUCCGCAAUUGCCGCUUCGAAAAAUGUCGUCGAUCGGGAGUCCGACAAAGGCGAGUCUCAACGGCAGCAGCGGCUAUUACGACGAGGAAGAAGUGAUGGUGGCGAUGCCGGAACGCGCGCUCAUCGAAUGCAUCGUAAACCUGGCUGUCUCGAAACGACCGCCGCAUUUAAGACCGCCGGCUGCAUUCUGUCUUCCACUCGUUUCGAUGUCAAACGAUCGAAGUAAUGGGCAUGCGUUGCGUCAAAUGGUAGUGACGUCUGUGUUUGAUGUGCUCCAUCCGUAUGUCAGUUUGAUACCUUCAUGCAGAGACGAUAUGGCGAAUGCGAUGCAUGCCUAUUAUUCAAAGAAUUCGAUAGAACAAGAACAACUCGAGCAAGUUCAUCGGUUUGCCUUGGAAAUGCAGGUUCAUCUGUCCGCUUGCUUUGGAUGCCGAGUCAUUCUUGAUAUUUACGGCUCAACUCGAAAUGGGUUUGGAACUCGUUUUUGCGAUGUCGACAUGAGCCUCUCAUUCUAUCCGACUCCUCCGAUGUGGGCGACAAAUGCAGAUCGAGUGAUGCGUGCCGUCGCAAAAGCUCUCGUCGAUUUUCCGAAAGCCGUUGACGAGCGUUACGUGAACGCGAAAGUACCGAUUGUUCGAUUUCGAAGUUCCGAUAUGGAUCUCGAAGCAGAUAUAAGCUACUGCAAUGAUUUGGCGAUACAUAACACAAAAUUACUUCACCAAUACUGCAAAUGGGACCCUCAUAGGCUGCCGACUCUUGGUGUCUGGGUUAAAGCUUGGGCCAAACGUUGCGGAAUCGGAGAAGCUUCUCGUGGUUCUCUUUCGUCAUAUGCAUGGAUCGUCAUGCUCAUUCACUACUUGCAGCAGAUUGAGCCAUUAUCAAUGAUUCCAUGCCUACAAGAAUCGACGCAUGAUGGUAGAGCGGAUCCAAUUUACGUGCAGAAUUAUAACGUCUACUUCUGGAAGUUUGUCGAUCCAUCGCGUUCUCGAAAUUGUCGCGCAACAGUGCUCGAUCUAUUUGUCGGAUUCCUUGAAUAUUAUUCAUCGUAUUUCGACUAUGUAGAUCAUGUUAUUCAAAUCGCGUCGAAAAGUAUCAAAUUCAAGCCGGAACGUUGGCUGAAAUUCCCGAUGUGCAUUUCGGAUCCGUUCGAAACCGAUCACAAUCUUGCGCAGGGUGUCGAUGUGCCGAUGUUCAACUACAUUCGAAGCUGUAUGAAACACUCGUAUCAUGUGUUCACGGAUCGCGAAGUUCGCACCUCGUUUCUCUCGAGAUACGGCACAGACGUGGACGACUACAGUUCGAUGCUGAGAUACAGAAUGGACGAAGACACGGCAGCUGAUUUUGCGGAAUAUUUGCUCGAUAAAUGCGUAAUGGUCGAGAGAGCUCCUCAUCGACAAUUUCGAGAUCGAAGCAUGAGCCAGUCGACGAGUACCAGCAAUACCUCGAUUGGCUCAUAA